UGCAAAUAUAACGUUGACUACGGAGUAUACCUCAGAGAUACCUCGAGCUGAGUGAACCUUUCUUCGCGAGGAACCCCGCCUCCAUAGCUCUGUCUGGUGAAAAGAAACCCAAAAAUCUACCAUUCAGAUGUCACCUCUACCCCUCGAGGGCUUUGACGACUACGCGACUGUAGCCCAGCUAGUUCAGCCCCCUCAAGUACCUCGCCAUCGCUCCCACGACCCCUCAAAUAACCAGAAGCGGUCAGAUCCCUUCCAAUUCGGUUCCCGAUACCUCGAAGAAGGCGACGAUGUAUUUGAAUUCAAUGCCUGGGACCACGUUGAAACCGAUGAAGAUUACAAGCAAUAUGCUCAGCUGCAGAUAGCUAAGCAGCGAGAAUCGCCAGUAUCAGAUUUCAACCGUCAACGAUUCAACUCCGACCCGGCAAAGUGGUGGGAUCUAUUUUACAAGAACAAUACAGGCAAUUUCUUCAAAAACCGAAAAUGGUUGCAGCAAGAAUUCCCGGUGUUGGCAGAGGUUACAAAGGCCGACGCGGGGCCGAAGUUGGUGUUGGAAGUCGGCGCGGGGGCCGGAAACACUGCCUUUCCGAUUCUGGCGAAUAAUUCCAAUGAACAGUUGAAAGUACACGCUUGCGACUAUUCGAAGAAGGCGAUUGAGGUGAUAAGAGAGAAUGAGAAGUACGACGAGAGGUAUAUCAGGGCCGAUGUGUGGGAUGUUACGGCUGAGGGUGAAAGUUCACUCCCACCGGGGCUUGGCGAAGAGUCUGUUGACGUGGUCGUCAUGGUGUUUAUAUUCUCUGCUCUGGCACCUGAACAAUGGGAACGAGCCGUGUCAAAUAUCUAUCGUGUCUUGAAGCCAGGGGGGCAGAUAUUAUUCAGGGACUACGGCCGGGGUGACCUGGCCCAAGUGAGGUUCAAAAAGGAGAGGUACAUGGCGGAAAAUUUCUACGUCAGGGGUGACGGGACCAGAGUUUAUUUUUUCGACAGAGAUGAACUCGCUCAUAUUUGGGGUGAAUGGUGUCCACAACGGGGAUUGCCAAAAAACGAAUUAGCUACAGCGGAGUCUGAAAUAAAUGAGGGUGCGGAAAGCGCAGGAUUUGAAGUGCUUGACCUUGCAGUGGACCGAAGGCUGAUUGUCAACCGCAAAAGAAAGCUAAAGAUGUAUCGCUGUUGGAUACAGGGCCGAUUCCGCAAAAUAGAGCUUACAUCGACUGGUGAAUCUAAUGGAAAUCAAGCUAGACAACUUGAAAAUUGAGAUGGUUGGCAAAAAAGGCAGUGAGUUGAAAUAGUUCUUCAGGAUGUGGCACCGCUUUUUGAAUAUACUAUGGAUGCCCGAAUGCAUGCAUGCCAUGCAUAGCCCAAAAAUCGCCGCAAAAUGUGAUCAAUAUCUGCCACUGAGGGAGCAAGCCAGCUACGUUGGCCGGGGGCCCUCCUCUUCGACAACUCAUUUGUCUGGUGUCGCAAAUCCGGAGGCGAAAUUUGAACCCGCGUGGGAUGAACACAUUGAGGUCGCUCUGAUUGGUCAUUUCGAGGAUAUUAUGAUGAUGGGAUAGAAUACGGAGUACCUUGCAAUAGAUCUCAGAUAGAAUCUAGAGAAUUUAGGGGCCAAGCCAUUUCACGGCGAUGGUGAACUUGACGAGGUAUAUGUGGGAAUUUUAUCACUUGGACAAAAAUAUCUUUUAA